AUGGCUACUUCCCCAGAAACCUUCCACAAACGCAGGAUCCUCCUCGUCUCAACCGUCGGCGGCUUCACCCACGCAGCCCCGGUUCUCGAACUCGGCGCGGUCCUUGCGGCACGCGCCCACGAGGUCCAUUUCGGCACCAACACGGGUCAAGAACAUUGGGCUUCCGCUUACCCAUCCAUCAGUCGCGUCCAUAGCUUCGGCCCCGCCCUCCCGGACGAUGAGGCGGAGCAGCAUUACACCCGCAUGAGGCAAUGGCGGCCCAGCGAUGGCGUCGGCUCGAUCAUGCAGUCCAAGUACCUCUUCGAUUCGUAUUGGCCGGACGCCUAUUUCCACCUACGUGAGCUGGUGCUGGAUCCGGAUACUAGGCCAGACAUGAUCGUUGCCGACUUCUUCGUUGAUGCUGCCGCCAAAGAUAUGAUGAUCGAGUUCGGUGUGCCCAUUGCCAUCAUGUGGCCGCAGAUGCCUUAUCUACUGGCCCCGGCGAGCUACACACCCGGCCAGCCCGGGUUCCAAGUCGACUUCACACCGACGUCGGAAAGGGCAUCCAUCUGGUCGCGCAUCAGGAACGAAAUGGUGUUGUUCUGGGCUCUGCCGCAUAUCAUGGCGUGGACGCGGUGGUUCAAGAAAUUGAGGAAGCGGCAGGGCGUCCAUCACGCGUUGCCAGUGGCUGCAAAACCGAAUCACCUCGUCUUCAUCAACUCGUUCUUCGGUCUUGAGCCUCCCAAGGACUUGCCGCCUCUGAUGGUUCCGGUAGGCCCGAUACUCAGCGAUGAGUUUGCUGGGCUCGACGAUAUGUAUCUGGAUUUCCUCGAGUCUCAUGACAAGACUGUGUACAUAGCUCUUGGCACCCACAUCGUCCUCCCUGACGAGGACUUGGCCAAGCUGAUUCGUGGUUUCAUCAUAGCAUUGGAUAUGGGGCACAUCAACGGCGUGAUAUGGUCCAUGCCAGCAGCCGCCAAGGGACGUGCCGAUACGACGGCCUCUUUUGUGAGGAAGUGUGGGUCAAAUCUGACAGUCGGGCGGAUUUUUGAUGGAAGACACUCGGAGUUUCUCGUCACAAGCUUUGCGCCGCAGCGAGCCAUACUACAGCACACCAGUACCAGGCUCUACCUCACUCACGGAGGUAGCUCCAGCGCGAACGAAGCCCUAUUCCAUGGAAAGCCCGUUCUCGUCAUGGGCUACUUCUUCGACCAGCUCGCUAACAGUGCGCGCUUGGUCGAGGCGGGAGUCGGUCUGGCCAUGGACAAGUUUGACUUGACGCCCGAGGGGAUGGCCAGCCGAAUUUGGGCCAUUGUAGUCGACCCCGAAGGCAAGAUUGCCAGAAACGUCGAGCGCAUGAAGAGAAUUGCGCGCGUCGCUUCGCGGAGGAAGCACCUUGCUGCUGACAUGGUGGAGGAGGUCAUCCACGACCACGAGCUACGCUUCAGACGUGGCCAAGAACUCCGGCCCAUGCAUCUCCAGACCGCGGAUAUGAGAAUGCCAAUUUGGAAGGCGCGGAAUUGGGACUUGUGGGCUGCUUCGCUUCUGUUUGCGACGAUGACUGGUUAUGGAGAUGUUGCGAAGGCUCAAGAUUGGUGA